GGGACUGGCAUAUCUCGUCUUACGACUACACCGUCGAAAGCGGGAUGUAUGCCAAGGGGAUUCUGUUAGCAGCCAUCUGUAUUUUUCUCUCGCACAGCCUUCAAUUAACUCACGCUAUAAAAUGCGGGUGCCUGGAAAAGCCACCGAAGUACAAGACCUGCAGAGACGCCUUUUGUAGGCCGAACCUAACUCCAGUUUCCAUCAAGAACCAACAUCACCAAUGCGUCUGCAGGCUGGGCACCUAUCGUAAUACCUGGGGUCAGUGUAUAACCCUGGAGGAAUGCAGGAGCUGUGGAACCUUCCGGUACAAGGGCUACAAUCUCUGUGCGUCGGAAUGUCCCAUGAGAUGCGACCAGCCCAUAACACACUGCUCCAGCAGAUGCGUCGCUCGGUGCGACUGCGCUCCGGGAUACGUGCUGGACAGACACGGCGGCUCAGAUUGCGUUAAGGCUGACUGCUGCCCUCCGAAGUGCCCUCCUAACUCGAAGUUCAAGCUCUGCGUCUCCAACUGCCGGCCUAUGUGUAACAGGCCACAGCCACGGAAGUGCUUUGAGAAUUGCUUGACGGGUGGCUGUGUCUGCAACCACGGCUUCGCCGAAGUCGAUGUAGGAGGCUCAACAAUCUGCGUGCCACAAUUUAACUGUGGCAGCUAUGCCUCUAGAUGAAGAGUCCCUGAAUGAAUGCGAUUCUGUUUAUUUGGAGAAAAUUGUACUCACUGGUUCGCAGGUUUAGAAAAAUUAUUAAUAAAGUUCGCGUGCACUAAUAGCUUCUGCCAAGAAUUCACUAUGGAGCACGAGCUAUGGAAGACAUAAAUACCCUCGCUUUUCAUGCACUGUACGGCUUCUCCGAGUUCCAGGCGACGAGAGAGCUAUCACCUUCGUACAACGCACACGGCUUGUAUAAAAAUGUUCCUUAGUGUAAGCUCCAACCAAGAAAAGUUUUGAUAUGAACUCUUCAUCUCGUGAGGUAUGCAUAUAAUAUGCGAUGCGCCCCAGUCAACACAUACAGAACAGAAAAUUUUGAAAAUAUAGCACUGGCCUUGGCUCUUAAGCUUCAACUACUGAUAACGUGCAAAAAUACCGGAAGAGAAAAAACGGUGUCAAGCCAUCGUAUUUGUAACAGACCUGUUUUGAUCAGGAAGGGUAUCGAAGUUGGCGCAUCAGCGGUGAUUGCCUGUUAGGAACAACGACAGCUGUAUUAAGGUACAGUGCUUUAACAUGACCCAUGCACCCGAGGUAGGAAAUACUAUAUGACCGUUUUAUUCUUAGACACCGGCUAUUGCCUAUGCUGCCGCUUCUAUGCGUGCAUUUUCAUACGCAUUGUUUCAUCGGUUUGUGCACUUUGUGCUCAACAUUAAGCAUACGAGCCAUCAAUUAGGCAACGUACAUUGCUAAAAGAAUAAUG